CUCCCAUUGGCCAAGCUCAAUUUCACAUCCCAGGACGUGGCCUCCGCUGGUGUGAAAAGAGGGUCUCUGUUCUAAUCACUCGAAUCUGAUUUCUGGGGAAUCAAGACCCCCAGGAAACUCAUUUUCUUGGGCGACCUCAGGUUCAGUUAUGGACAACGACAUUCCAAUCUCGCUCCUUUCUUCACUUCUCAAAGUAACGAGUGCACGUCCGGACGUGUGUUCGAGAUUGCAUGCAUCUUAUUCGCAGCGCGACGCAACCGCUGGGCUCUCCAUAACCCGGGUUUCUCGCCCCGCCUCCUUUGUGAUUCCCAGAGCCUGCUCCGCCCACGUCCCGCCCCCGCCCUGCCCCUCAGCCCCGCCCUAUGUUCCCUCUGCCCCUCUACCCGGUCCUGGACUGGCUCAGCUUCCUCAGCCUAGCCUCGCAGGCCUGGCGGGGUCCCGUCCUGUCCCACCUUCCCCGGCCCGCUCCCUCCACAGCUCCCCGGGUGCGGCCCGCCUCCUUCCUGGCCCUCAGUGGCUCCCCCACCUCGUCCCGCCCUCGCCCCUCUCCUUCCGCUUCCCUGAGCCGCAACCAGGGCUCCGGCCGCGCGGGGUCUCGUCUCCAUGGCGACGCCGUGUGUACAGCUCCCAGCUCAGAACACCGAGCGAACCCCGAGCUGGGCUGGCCUUCUGUAUCCGCCCCGAGGAAGGGCGGUGUGAAGGAACCACGGGCAGGUUCGGGCUCUGGGGUUCCACGGCUGCCGAGGUGGCGCUCGAAAAGGUACCAAAAUAUAGACAGAAUGGCAGAGUGCUAGUGUUUGAUCCAAAGGCAAAAGUGAUGCUUGAACCAAAUGAAGCAAUGUCAGAUAAAUGCCUCUUUGGACGCAGACCAAGAUUGGCAAGCAAACUUUGUACCUCGCCAACACAAGUCUCUCUAAAUGUAGCUAGGACGAUCUCAGAAAAGAAGGAAGUCUCUUCAAAAAAUAUUGAAAAUACAGCCUCUUUAAGGAAUACUGAAAAUAGAGCAUCUUCAAAGAGUAUUGAAAAUAAAGAUACAGAAACAAAUCUACAGUCUAAGCUAUGGUCAUCUUCCUUCUUAAAAGAAAGCAUAGGUCAAGUGGGCAAAGAUGCAGUCCUUCAAGAGCAGGAGAAAAAUAACAAACGUUGCCUUCAGGGUAUUGAUGAUAAGUUAUCUGAAUUGACAGAUGAUGAUGGUGAAGAUGAUACCAGUGAUGAUGAUAAUGAUGAAGACAGUCACCCUAAUAAGGAUACUCAUGCUCCAUUAGAGUUAAUGGCAGAAUUCCUGAGAGCAGAAAUGGGCCAAGACUACCAUUUGGCAAAAAAAUUAUGUCAGAUGAUUCUAAUCUAUGAACCAGAAAAUCCUGAGGCCAAGGAGUUUUUCUCACUUAUUGAAGAAAUGUUGCUGAUCGAGAAAUCUCAAAAUCUUGAGGAAGAUGAUGAAGAUAGUGAAGAAGACAGUAGCAGUGAGAGUGAAGGAGAGAGCAGUGAGGAGCUAAGUGAAGAAAGCUCUGAUGAAUGCGAAGACGGGUGAUGAAGGUUGCUGCUAUGGUUUAAUCUUCAUGUAUUUUCAUUACUGUAUACAUGGAAAUAUAAGGGAGAAAGCUGCA